GGGAGCCGGUGCAGGACUGGCUAGAGGCGUGCUUGUGCGUGUGUUCGGCUGGAGAUCCGGGCGGAGCAGAACCAGGCGGACCUGAGCAGCCAUGCUUCCCGGGGUGGGCGUGUUCGGCACCAGCCUCACGGCCCGUGUCAUCAUCCCGCUGCUGAAAGACGAGGGCUUCGCGGUGAAGGCGCUGUGGGGCCGCACGCAGGAGGAAGCGGAGGAGCUGGCCAAGGAGAUGAACGUCCCCUUCUACACCAGCCGCAUCGACGAGGUGCUGCUGCACCAGGACGUGGACUUGGUGUGCAUCAACCUGCCGCCGCCCCUCACCAGGCAGAUCGCCGUCAAAACCCUGGGCAUCGGCAAGAACGUCAUCUGUGACCGCACGGCCACGCCGCUGGACGCCUUCCGCAUGAUGUCGGCCGCCCACUACUACCCCAAGCUCAUGAGCAUCCUGGGCAACGUGCUGCGCUUCCUGCCGGCCUUCGUGCGCAUGCGGCAGCUGAUCGAGGAGGGCUACGUGGGUGAGCUGCUGGUGUGCGAGGUGCAGGUGCACGGCGGCAGCCUGCUGGGCAAGAAGUACAACUGGAGCUGCGACGACCUGAUGGGCGGCGGCGGCCUGCACUCGGUGGGCACCUACAUCAUCGACCUGCUCACCUUCCUCACCGGCCAGAAGGCCGUCAAGGUCCACGGGCUGCUCAAGACCUUCGUCAAGCAGACCGACCACAUCAAGGGCAUCCGCCAGAUCACCAGCGACGACUUCUGCACCUUCCAGAUGGUGCUGGAGGGCGGCGUGUGCUGCACCGUCACCCUCAACUUCAACGUGCCCGGCGAGUUCAAGCAAGACGUGACGGUGGUGGGCUCGGCCGGGCGCCUCCUGGCGGUGGGCACUGACCUGUACGGGCAGCGCAACAGCGCCCCGGAGCAGGAGCUGCUGCUGCAGGACGCCACGCCGGUGAGCAACUCCCUGCUGCCGGAGAAGGCCUUCAGCGACAUCCCAGCGCCCUACCUGCGUGGCACCAUCAAGAUGAUGCAGGCGGUGCGCCAGGCCUUCCAGGACCAGGACGACCGGCGCACGUGGGACGGGCGGCCCCUGACCAUGGCCGCCACCUUCGACGACUGCCUGUACGCCCUGUGCGUGGUGGACACCAUCAAAAGGUCCAGCCAGACGGGCGAGUGGCAGAAUAUCGCCAUCAUGACGGAGGAGCCGGAGCUGAGUCCCGCCUACCUGAUCAGCGAGGCCAUGCGCCGGAGCCGGAUGUCCCUCUACUGCUAGCACGCGGGACCUGCUGCUUUGGCCUUCUGCUUGGGGCCCAGCCAGGGGCGCAGAUGCUGGGGAAGGAAGGGCAGGGCGCGCGGACCGCACCUGGGAAGGUGAAGCCAGCCCAGGGGAGUGGCCCCGGAGAAGACUGCUGGGCUGAGCGCAGAGCCUGGCAGGGUUCAGGAGGGUCUCCCUCCAGGGUGGUGCCCUCUGGGGAUUUGCAGGAGAGCCAGGAGGUCCGCCACCUCUGCUGCCCUUUACUGUGACAAGCAAGGAGGGCCUGUCCCCCUCCCUACCUCAUCCACCCACACACCUUGGCCUUCUCUGCCAGCCAGAUGGCCCCGCAGGUCACGUCGCUGUGUCAGAUGGCAAGCUCUGUGGGAGCCAGGCUCCCGGGCACCCUCCACCCGCAGGAGAAGGCGCGUCUUCACACGUCCAUGGAAACCUGAUAGUCUGGGAGAGGUGGGGAUGGGGAUGGGCCCGGCUGGUGGGAAAAUUCCCAUAGCAGAAAGCCACUUUUUAUUCGGCUUAGACCCUGAAGGAAAGGUAUCUAGUAGCUAAGUACAUAACUUUUUUGAUGAUCCCUUCCUAGGAAGCUCUGAGGGUGCACCUUCCUGAGGGGGCCAUGGCCUUUCGCCGGGUUUGGUCCUGCACAUUGGGGACAGGAAGUCCAAGCAGGGUUCCCUAAGCGGAUAGGAAAGAACAACCCGACCUGCUGCAUGGAAAAUGGGUGACAUUGGGAAGAAAAUAUCCCUUUGAAUUGGUCAGCAAUUAGAAACCUUGCAAGGAGCUACCUUAUGACCUUAUUUCCAGGAAGGGCGGACUUGCACUUGAGAGGGAUUCCUUCCUGGGUGUUGAGGUGGUCUCGACACAUGCUCUCCAGGUGGCGCCAAGGAGGCAGCUACAAGCCAGGGCUUGACUAAGGGACAGCUGGGUGCCUCCGGGUGGGGUGGCAGCAAGGAUCCCCAGACAGAGGCAGAGGGAGCCCAGCCCUGGAGCUACCUGGGGCUCCAACACCCACCUCCGAUCCAGCCGGGAAGGGCUUUUAGGUGAUUGCCUAGCUGCGUGGGUUCAAAGGGGAAGCCUUCUGUUUCACUCAGAUAAAACCCUCUCCCCUUAAGAGCCCAGGCUCUUUUCUUCAGCUUUGGCCUCUGCUUUCAGGAUUCUGACACCCGAAAAAACAUGUCGAUAGGUAUUAAAGAGAACAGAACGGCAACAAGGAACAUAAUUUUCUGUGUUUCUAAAAUGGAGGGUUAGUGUCCUCUGAGGGGUGGACUGAGGGCUGAAGAGGUUACAUGUUGGGAAAUCGUGUUUUACUCAGUCUCCUGUCUUCUCUUUCAUGAGAGAUGGCGAGCUGCAGGCUCCAACAGGCAGUGCCAAAAAGGAAGAGCCAGCAUUCCUUAGAUACCGAGUGUGUGCGCACACGCACGCACGCACCCCAGGGCUUAUAAGUGCUUGCUGUCAACCAGUGUCACUCAGAUCCUUCUGAACAGUUCAGAUCUGGUCUUGAAAGAAAGGCCAGCUCGAGUUCAUUUUGAAAAUCAGGAAUGACUCUUUCCUUAUCUCUUCUUAAUCCUUCACCCGACGUAAGACCUUUAUGGAGGCCGGAUGUGGCUUUUCUGUGCAGACCUGCUGAGGUCAGACAGGUGUCUCCUGCGCUCAACUGAGCUGCAGGUUUCUUUGCAGAUAAUGGGCAGCAGAACCAGAAGGGAAUUUAAGAGGCUUAGCAUCCACCCCUCUGCCUCCGAAUCAGCGGCAUCUGACAACACACAGUCCAAUGAGUUGCGUCCUCUGUUCUCCUCCCUAGGGUCAAUGCGUGAAGCCCAGGCUACCCAUAGGUGCAAGAUGCAUGCGUCAAACACCAGGGGGAGGGUUGUGGUUCGUUUUCUAGAACAGGGGAGCAAGUCUUGCUUGCCCACCUGGAAGGAUUCACCUACUUCCCGGCCUUCCUGUAACGAAUGAUGGUGAGUCAGCUGAAGCUCUCGGUUUCAUGACAGGCCCCAGUCUGCUAAUGAACUCCGUGCUCAGCGCUCCAGUUUUGCAGCUUCCAGUUCAGAACUGGAGACUGACUGGAGUGGAAGUGUCCCAGUCCCAGUUGGAGCAGAGGGCCGCAUCCCACGCUCUUCUGGUUCCCAUUUUCCUAAGGCGCCCUCCGGAAAAGUAGUUUUUGUGGAAACUGAGUAGAGAGAAUUCUGUUUUUCCAACUUGCCCGGACAGCUGGGAUUAAGGAUGAAGAGAAGGAAAACUAGACGAUUCUAUGAAUCUUGUUUUAGUAAGGCCUUGAUACUUUAAGGAAAGGGUGUUCCUAGGGAUUCAGAGUUAUGUUUCUGUGUUUUAGUAUUUCACCAUAAUAUUUGGGAGUGCUCCUACCCACCCCCAAGGCUUCUGAGCUCUGUGAAAAAUAUUCAUCGUGGAAAAAAAAAUUCUCUUUUGAGGCUGGGGUAAAUAGAAAGACUAUGGAUUCUUCGAAGGAAGCAUGAAAACCUAUUUUAGUAAGUAUACGCAAUCGUUGUCUACUGAAAUGCAUGCAGUAGGUAGGUGUGGGAACGAGAGGAAGAAAAGACCUAGAUCUUUCUUUUUUUAAUGUAAAAAUUACAGCCAGUGGGUUUAGAUACAUGUUGAGUGCUUCAUUUGUCCUUAUGCUACCCAAACAGC